AUGGCAGGAGGGAAUCAGACCAGCAUCUUUGAGUUCCUCCUCUGGGGACUCUCAGAGCGACCCGAGCAACAGCACAUCCUCUUCCUGCUCUUCCUGUGGAUGUACAUAGUCACUGUGGCUGGGAACCUACUCAUUGUCCUGGCCAUUGGCACCAAUGCUCAUCUCCACACCCCCAUGUACUUCUUCCUGGCCAGCUUGUCCUGUGCAGACAUACUUUUCACUUCUACCACUGUGCCCAAGGCCCUGGUGAACAUCCAGACCCAGAGCAGGUCCAUCUCCUAUGCAGGGUGCAUGGUUCAACUCUACUUCUUCUUGACCUUUGGAGACAUGGACAUCUUUCUCCUCACUACAAUGGCCUAUGACCGCUACGUGGCCAUCUGUCACCCUCUCCACUACAGGAUGAUCAUGAAUCCCCGGCACUGCACCCUUAUGGUGACUGCCUGCUGGACCCUUACCAAUCUUGUUGCCAUGACCCACACCUUUCUCAUAUUCCGACUUUCCUUCUGCUCUAAGAAGGUCAUUCCCGACUUCUUCUGUGAUCUGGGACCCCUGAUGAAGGUGUCUUGCUCUGAUACACACAUCAAUGAACUUGUGCUCCUCUUCUUGGGAGGAGCAGUCAUUUUAAUCCCCUUUAUGCUCAUUCUGGUCUCCUACAUCCACAUUGUUUCAGCCAUCCUCAGAGUUCCCUCUGUCCAGGGAAGGCACAAAGCCUUCUCCACCUGUGGUUCCCACAUUGCUGUUGUUGCCCUGUUCUUUGGGAUGGUGAUCAGGGCUUAUCUGUGUCCUUCAUCCUCUUCCUCCAAUUCAGUAGUGGAGGACACAGCAGCUGCUGUCAUGUACACAGUGGUCACUCCCCUGCUGAACCCCUUCAUUUACAGCCUGCGGAACAAGGACAUGAAGGGUGCACUGGGAAGACUUCUCAGGGGCAAAGUCUCCUUUUCAGGCCAGUGA